CUCCACAGAACAUCUCCCGAGCGCUGCCCAAGGCUGACCGAGGCGGGGCACCAAGACAGGGACUCCCACAUGGGCACAAGGUUGAGUCUUGCCUCCUGACCUGAUCCUCCUGGAGAAGUGACCCCUGAGACCCUGGGCACCGUGCAGCCUCUUUCUAUGACUCCAUCUGGAUUUGGCUGGCAGUGGGAACGAGCUCUGAGGGGCUGCCUGGGUCUCGGGGUGGUGGCAGCAGCCAGCUCUCCAGCCACCAUGGCCAAUGCCAGGAACUGAGGGGACGGUCGCUGCAGCCUCACGGGGAGCCCUCAGGACGCGAUGGAGAACAAAGCCAUGUACCUGCACGCCACCGUGAGCGACCGUGACUCUGGCUCCAUCUUUGAGGAGCCCUUUGAUGGCAGGAGCCUGUCCAAGCUGAACCUGUGUGAGGACGGUCCGUGCCACAAAGGACGGGCGGGUGGCUGCUGCACCCAGCUGGGCUCCCUGUCGGCCCUGAAGCAUGCAGUCCUUGGGCUCUACCUGCUGGUCUUCCUGAUUCUCGUGGGCAUCUUCAUCUUAGCAGUGUCCAGGCCCCGGAGCUCACCGGACGACCUGAAGGCGCUGACUCGGAACGUGAACCGGCUGAACGAGAGCUUCCGGGACUUGCAGCUGCGGCUGCUGCAGGCUCCGCUGCAGGCCGAGCUGAGCGAGCAGGUGUGGAAGGCGCAGGACGCGCUGCAGAACCAGUCGGACUCGCUGCUGGCGCUGGCGGGCGCGGUGCAGCGGCUGGAGGGGGCGCUGUGGGGACUCCAGGCGCAGGCGACGCAGAGCGAGCAGGCGGUGGCUCUGCUGCGCGACCGCACGGCCCAGCAGAGCGACGCGGCGCAGCUGGAGCUCUACCAACUGCAGGUGGAGAGCAACCGCAGCCAGCUGCUGCUGCGGCGCCACGCCGGCCUGCUGGACGGGCUGGCGCGCCGGGUGGGCGCCCUGGGCGACGAGCUGGCCGACGUGGGCGGCGCCCUGCGCGGCCUCAACCUCAGCCUGUCCUACGACGUGGCCCUGCAGGGCACGCGGCUGCGGGACCUGCAGGUGCUGGUGAGCAACGCCAGCGAGGACGCGCGCCGCAUGCGCCUCGUGCACCGGAGCCUGGAGCUGCAGCUCAAGCAGGAGCUGGCCGUGCUCAACAGCGUCACCGAGGACCUGCGCCUCAAGGACUGGGAGCAUUCCAUCGCGCUGCGCAACAUCUCCCUGGCCAAAGGACCACCGGGCCCCAAAGGCGAUCAGGGGGAUGAAGGGAAAGAAGGCAAGCCUGGAACCCCUGGAUUACCUGGACUUCGAGGUCUGCCAGGGGAGAGAGGGACCCCAGGACUGCCCGGCCCCAAGGGCGACGAAGGGAAGCUGGGAGCCAUGGGACCGAUGGGCAUGCGUGGGUUCAAAGGUGACCGAGGCCCAAAAGGAGAGAAAGGAGAGAAAGGAGACAGAACAGGGGAUGCCAGUGGCAUGGAGGCCCUGAUGGUCCGGCUGGUGAAUGGCUCGGGCCCACACCAGGGCCGCGUGGAGGUGUACCAUGAGCGGCGCUGGGGUACCGUGUGCGAUGACGGCUGGGACAAGAAGGACGGAGACGUGGUGUGCCGCAUGCUGGGCUUCCCCAACGCCGAGGACGUGCACCGGACGGCUCAGUUCGGACAAGGCACAGGGAGGAUUUGGAUGGAUGAUGUCGCCUGCAAGGGCACGGAGGAAAGCAUCUUCCGCUGCAGCUUCUCCAAAUGGGGGGUGACAAACUGCGGACACGCUGAGGAUGCUGGAGUGACAUGCAAGAGACACUGACAGUGGGCACAGCCCAAGGUCCGGACCCAGCUGCCAAGCCUCCUUCCUGCAUUCCUGGGGUGGGGGCAUCGCUCGGGGCUCCCCUGACCCAUGCCUCCCCGCCCAGCACCCCCAGACCCCCGGAUUCCCAUCCCAGGACCCAUGGUGGCCUGUCAUCCUCCUCUCCUUGGACAUCUUUUCCAAAGCACAACUCUGGGAUCUACUGCCUGUCUCUCCCUUCCACCAGGGUUCCUGCAUGGAGCCCUGGUCAACUGGAUUGCCGUUUUGCCAAGUCUUCUAAAACACCAUGCGUCAGGCCUCCGUAUCCAUGCUCUCUGUGGUCUGUGAGUUACAGAUAAAUGUUGGCCACAAAUGCAUCCGUGAAGAUGGGAGGGAGGCAUCCCAGAUCGUUUACUCCGCAGAUUAUUCCCAAACCUCAGGCCAAGAGUUUUGACCAGCCAGAGACAAUACUGAGUGAUUCAUUUUCCCCCUUUACUCUGCCUCUGCACAGCGUUUGUUAGUUGGGGGAGCUGACAUAGAGGAGAGGCCAGCUGUAGGAGCCAGAGGGAAAUGCAAGUCUCCUGCAGGAACCAGUCUGGAUUCAGAGAAGAGGAGUGAAAGGAACAUUUAUUGAGUGACUGGCACGCGUGCUAUUACAUAGUAUCUUGGGUGCUAAAUUCGUUUAUCACUUUGCAGCAUUCCUAUAAGUCACGUUAGUGUGGGUACCACGUCACCGCCAGGUAGCAUUCAACUGACCCCUUCACCUGACCUAUUAGUCAGAUCGAGAAUGACUGAGACCACUGUUGCUACCUGAACUUUCCUGUGUCUUGGCCAGGCUCGAGCAAGAAGCUUGGGUGCAGGACGGGUGUGACUAGAAGGUUACAUACUCCAAACCCCACAGGGUGUGAGUUCAAGGUCAGACAGGACUGGCUCCCAGGGCACCCAUCUACACAGGAGGAAAGCUGAUUUGGAGGGGGACAUGGGGGCUGUCUGGGUUAAACCAAGAUCAGCCCUCAGUUAUCUGGCAGUCAGGGUUGAAGCUAUGUCGCCUGUGUCUCGGAGCUCUUUGGAGGUGAUGGUAUGGAACCUUCCAGGCCUCUUUGGGUGUCAUCCUGUGGUCAGGAGAACACAUGUCCUGAUGGAGCCUGUAAGAGUGAAAGGAGGGGACUUCCCUGGUGGCGCAGUGGUUAAGACUCCGUGCUCCCAAUGCAGGGGGCCCGGGUUCGAUCCCUCGUCAGGGAACUAGAUCCCACAUGCA